CGCCCUCGAAGCGCAGGCGUUUGACGUCACUGAAAGCGCCAGAAUGAGCGGUGAGAGGCGUCGCGUUGUGACGUGUGUUAGCCAUGGAGGCGCUAGCUGGUGUCUCCAAGCAAGGCAUCCGUGAACGAAUCUGGGACUAUAUGGAAUCGCAUGAUUUAGCUGACUUUCCCCGACCUGUUCAUCACAGGAUUCCCAACUUUAAGGGUGCUUCUCGGGCUGCGGAGCAUUUCCCACACCUGCAUGCUUUCAGUGUGGCAAGAACCAUUAAAGUCAACCCUGAUGCUCCUCAGAGAAAUGUCCGCUUCCUCGUGCUAGAGAGCAAAAAGACACUGCUGGUCCCAACACCACGACUCAGGACAGGGCUGUUUAAUAAGAUCACACCACCUCCUGGAGCCACUAAAGACAUACUGAGGAAAUGUGCCACCUCCCAGGGUGUGCGGAACUUCAGCAUCCCUUUGGGCUUGGAUUCCAAUGUUCUCGUGGAUUUAAUUGUGGUGGGAUCUGUUGCUGUGUCUGAGAAAGGCUGGCGAAUUGGGAAGGGAGAAGGCUAUGCGGAUCUCGAAUAUGCCAUGAUGGUGUCUAUGGGAGCUGUCCAUGAGGGGACACCAGUUGUCACCAUUGUCCAUGACUGCCAGGUUGUUGACAUCCCUGAGGCUCUUCUGGAGGACCACGAUCUCACUGUUGACUACAUCAUCACUCCCACCAGGGUCAUUGCUACAGGCUGUGUGCGCCCAAAGCCAACAGGGAUCAUCUGGUCCAAGGUCAGUUGUGAGAUGCUUACGAAAAUCCCAGUACUCAGGAACCUUCGUGAGCGAGAAAAGCGGGCCGGGAAGGAUGUCACUCUUCAAGCUGAGACUGGCAGCCAGCACCUAGCUCCAAGCACUAUCAGGAGACCUUGAGAUAUACCACAGUCACAAACAGGUUCCGUAGGAGGGGCCCAUAGCCCCCUGCAGGGCGUGGACACCCACCUAGCUGCCACUGUGGCUGUGGGAAACCUGCCCUACAGUGCUCGUGUGAGUGAGCUGAAGAGAGCCCUCCAAGAGCUGGGGGCAGUGCCCCUUAGGCUCACCUGGCAGGAGCCACAGCACAGGGCCAUUCUACACUAUGUAGACUCAGCUGCUGCCCGGCAGGCUGCCUCUCUCCUUCAGGGCCUACACCUGGGUGCCAACACCUUGAGGGUGGCACUGGGGCAUCAGAGGGAUAUAUGACCUGGUGAGCAGCUCUCACCAGAAGAGCUGUGUCCUCUCCGUUGAUGGGAUGCCUCUGGCAUGUGACAGUUUGCCAUUGUUGGUGGCCUGCUGCUGUGCUCAGUUCUUCUGGGAAGAGGAUAAACUUUCCUAAUGGGUAGGAAUGGCGCACAUAACACAUCAUGACUCUUGGGAUAAUGUGUGCUCUGACUCAUUCUGACCCAUUCUAGUUCUUGUUCUGCUUGUGAA